AUGGAUUUCUUGAAUUUCUCCUCUUUGGAGGAUGGGAUGGAGGCAGACAACAGCUCCAGUAACAACACCUCUCAGAGCAAGUACACCCCUCUCGCCAUCUGGGGUCUAGCUGGACUUGUCAGUUUUCUAAUCCUGUUCACUAUAGUGGGCAAUGUCUUGGUUGUAAUUGCCGUUUUAACAAGCAGAGCUCUGAAACCACCCCAAAAUCUUUUUCUGGUGUCUCUGGCGAGUGCAGACAUUCUGGUGGCCACGCUGGUCAUGCCAUUUUCUCUGGCUAAUGAACUUAUGGGCUACUGGCUUUUUGGUAAGAUUUGGUGUGACAUCUACUUGGCUCUGGAUGUUUUAUUCUGCACCUCCUCUAUUGUGCACCUGUGUGCCAUUAGUUUAGACCGCUACUGGUCAGUGACACAGGCGGUAGAGUACAACUUGAAGAGAACGCCUAAAAGAGUCAAGGGAAUGAUCGUGGUAGUGUGGUUGAUCUCAGCUGUCAUCUCCUUCCCACCACUGAUAUCAAUGGACAGAAGCAACAAUGAGACCACCCCCCAGUGUAUUUUAAAUGAUGAGACCUGGUACAUUCUGUACUCCAGCAUUGGGUCCUUCUUUGCCCCUUGUGUCAUUAUGAUUCUGGUCUAUAUUCGGAUUUACCAAGUGGCAAAGACCAGGACCAGAACCCUGUCUGAGAAGAAAAAGGAUGUGGAUUCGCCACAGGAGAACGGUCAAGCCGACACGAGCAAGGCCGGUUCAUUUAAGUCUGAAAGAGGGGGGAGUGUUAAAGAGCAAGAAUGUGAAAACGGCCAUUGUAAGGAACCUACAGCUAGCACUUCCUUGACAAAUGCCUCUAAAAAUCCACACGUCAACCACCACGACGAUUUUGAUGACAGCAGUUCAGAUGAGAAGCCCAAGAAAAGCUCCACAUCGUCUAAAAAUCAAGAUGACCGAAAAGACAGGAAGUCGAGCAGGAAAAGCAGCUCGGCCUCGAAAUUCUCCAGCAGGAAGUCGUGCGCCAGUGCCAAGUCAAUGGACCUGUUCUCGUCUCGGCGCAAACGUAGAAGCACAGUCAACAGGAAGAAAGUGUCUGCAGCACGAGAAAAACGCUUUACCUUCGUUCUGGCUGUUGUAAUGGGGGUGUUUGUUUUGUGCUGGUUCCCCUUUUUCUUUUCGUACAGCCUGUACGGAAUCUGCAGGGAGAUGUGCAAGAUUCCCGAGACUCUAUUCACAUUCUUCUUUUGGAUCGGCUACUGUAACAGCUCAUUAAACCCAGUCAUCUACACCAUCUUCAACCAAGACUUUCGCAGAGCUUUCCAGAAAAUUCUCUGUAAGUCAUGGAAACGCUCUUUCUGA